UUCCCAUAAUCACAGGAUAAAUACACUUAAACUCUCUACUUAAAAAAACCCUAAUUUCCAAAUCCUUUGUAUUGUUUUACAUAUAAGCCAUGAAGUUAACUGAUAACAGCAACCCAAACGCGGAUACAGAAACCCAGUCCCCACCAUCAAAGUCUUUGUCUUUUCUUCAACCUCAUCAAAUGGUGGUUUCUUACAAAGAAUGUCUCAAAAACCAUGCUGCAAGUCUAGGUGGGCAUGCUCUUGAUGGCUGUGGCGAGUUUAUGCCUAGUUCCACUUCCGACUUCGCCGAUCCUACCUCCCUCACAUGCGCCGCCUGCGGCUGUCACCGCAACUUCCACCGUCGUGAACCUUAUGAUCACACCUUCAGUCAAUAUUUACUACCACCACCACUGCCGCUAUCAUCAGCCGUUGCGCUUCCGAGGAGCCUAAGUCCGAGUACUGACCCGAGCACAGCGCCGAGUCCCGACACAAACUCACCUCAACAACACGUGGCAUCGCCGGCUCCUUGUUCUUACUACUCAUCGGCGCCCCACAUGCUGUUGGCUCUGAGCACGGUCGGGCCGUCCGAUGAACACUAUCCUCACCAUCAGGGGUUCAAUCGAAAGAUGGAGAACGUCAACCCAAGUGGCAGAAAGAGAUCAAGAACGAAAUUUUCGAAAGAGCAGAAAGAAAAGAUGCUUGCUUUUGCGAAGAAACUGGGGUGGAGGAUAAACCGAGGCGAAGAAAGAUUAACACAGGAGUUUUGCAGUGAAGUUGGCGUCAGUAGAAGUGUGUUCAAGGUGUGGAUGCACAACAACAAGCAGGCUUUUGAGAAGAAAGGUUUGGAUUUAAGUACUGAAAUCAGCAACAAGCAUGAAAUUUUUGUUAAUGGUUAUGCAGAAAAUGGCAACAACCACAGUGAAGAAAAUGUUUCUUCUCCAAGCCAGAAAAAUUAAGAGUCGUAAUUAAAGAAAUUAAUUUAAUGAUUAUUAUGGUUAAGUAAUUAAUUAACUUAUUAUAUAUGUUGUGUUUUGUAUAAAUUUGACUUGAAUACUGGAUUGCGUUUUGGUCAAUAAAUAUAAAUAUAUUCUCCAAAAUCUAUAGAAAGAUCCAUCAAUCCCCAUACUUGCUUGUCCAAAAUGGUGAGGGUUAUCCAAAAUCGGUGUGGAGGGUAAGAUUCGCUAAGAUAUGUCAUGUGCAAUUCUGACUCCAUUCAUUAAUAAAGAUGCAAAAUCACUUCUACUUUUGCAGAAA